AUGACCUCCCUCAAGCAAUUCAUCCGCAACGUGCGAGCCUCCAAGACUAUCGCAGACGAGCGUGCUGUCGUCCAGAAAGAAAGUGCCGCGAUCCGGGCCAGCUUUCGAGAAGAGAGCGGAGACUCCAAUAUUAGUAGAAGGAACAAUGUCGCAAAACUGCUAUACCUCUUCACCCUGGGAGAACGCACACACUUCGGCCAGAUAGAAUGCCUCAAGCUCUUGGCCUCUCCCAGGUUUGCGGACAAACGACUGGGCUAUCUAGGGACGAUGCUGCUACUGGACGAGAAUCAAGAAGUCCUCACAUUGGUUACAAACUCAUUGAAGAACGAUCUCAAUCAUUCGAAUCAAUAUGUUGUCGGCCUGGCCCUCUGCACCCUAGGCAAUAUUGCCUCCAUCGAAAUGUCUAGGGACUUGUUCCCUGAAGUCGAGACGCUCAUAUCCACCGCAAACCCUUACAUACGUCGAAAAGCUGCGCUGUGCGCCAUGCGAAUAUGCCGCAAAGUCCCAGAUCUGCAAGAACAUUUCCUCGAGAAAGCCAAACUUCUGCUGCAGGAUAGAAAUCAUGGGGUGCUCCUCUGUGGAUUGACGCUGAUAACGAGUAUGUGCGAGGCGGAUGAGGCAGAAGGGGGUGAAGAAGCCGUGGUCGAAAUGUUCCGGCCAGUUGUUCCACACUUGGUUCGCACCUUGAAAAGCCUGACGAGCUCGGGAUACACGCCUGAACAUGAUGUUUCCGGGAUCACAGACCCGUUUUUGCAAGUCAAGAUCCUCCGGCUUUUCCGAGUGUUGGGGCGGGGAGACGCUGCGACCAGCGAGCAGAUUAACGAUAUUCUGGCACAAGUCGCCACCAACACCGAGUCCUCCAAGAAUGUUGGAAACGCCAUCUUGUAUGAGGCGGUCCUCACUAUCUUAGACAUCGAAGCCGACUCGGGUCUGAGGGUGCUGGGCGUUAACAUUCUCGGCAAAUUCUUGGCCAACAAGGACAACAACAUUCGUUACGUCGCACUCAACACGUUGAUCAAGGUGGUCGCGAUCGAGCCUAACGCGGUUCAAAGGCAUCGAAAUACCAUCCUAGAAUGCUUGAGAGAUCCGGAUAUCUCCAUCCGACGCCGGGCAUUAGAUCUCAGUUUCACCUUGAUUCGAGAAGACAAUGUACGGGUGCUCAUCCGGGAAUUGUUGGCUUUUCUGGAAGUCGCCGAUACCGAGUUCAAACCCGUGAUGACCACGCAAAUUGGCAUUGCGGCAGAUCGGUUCGCCCCAAACAAACGCUGGCACAUCGAUACUAUGCUGCGGGUUGUCAAGCUGGCCGGAAACUAUGUCAAGGAGCAGAUUCUGUCCUCUUUCAUUCGCCUCAUCGCUACCUCGCCCGAUCAGCAAACUUAUGCAGUUCAAAAGUUAUACGCUGCCCUGAAAUCAGACAUCACACAAGAGGCUCUCACUCUGGCUGCUGUCUGGGUUAUCGGCGAAUAUGGUGAUGCCCUCCUCCGUGGCGGAUCCUACGAAGAAGAGGAGCUGGUGAAAGAAGUCAAGGAAAGCGACAUUGUUGACUUGUACUCGACAAUACUCAAUUCGACAUAUGCAAAUCAAGUGGUGACCGAAUACAUCAUCACUUCUGCCAUGAAGCUGACCACGAGGAUGUCUGAUCAGUCACAGAUUGAACGGAUAAGGCGGUUAAUGAACUCCAGAACAGCCGACCUUAGCAUCGAGAUUCAGCAAAGGGCUGUUGAGUAUAGCAACAUGUUCGGCUACGACUCGAUCCGAAGAGGCGUACUAGAGAAAAUGCCGCCACCAGAAAUCAAAGAGGAGCAGCGGGUUCUUGGUCAAUCCACUACGCCUGCGAAGGACAAGAGAAAGACUCUGAAAGCGAAAACUAAUGUCAAAGUCGCCAAGACUACAGAAUCCGACAUGCUUCUUGAUCUUAUGGGUGGAACGGACGUGCCUGCUCUAGACACCAGCGCUACACUGAACGGCCAACAACAAACAGCAGACCUGUUAGCAGAUAUUCUAGGGGGUGGGAACUCAAUUUCGAGCCCUCCGCCACAAACAAAAAGCCCUGCACCGCCUUCCAAUGCGAAUGCCAUCAUGGACCUAUUCGGCAACGGAACCCCGAAAUCUACCAGCCCUGCACCUGGCGGCCCACAAGCACACCCUGCAUACGACAAGAACGGUCUGUCCGUUGCGAUUCAAGUUUCUAGAAGUGGUUCUGCGUUGCAAGCCAUUGCAAGAUUCAAAAACACCUCCGCCUUCGAACAAUUGUCGAACGUUGGCUUGCAGGCUGCAGUUCCAAAGAGUCAAAAGCUGACCUUGCAAGCGAUCAACAAAAGCACACUGGCAGCCGGCGACGAGGCUACUCAAGGCAUGAGGAUCGUUGCAGCAACUGGGUCCCUUCCCACAAAACUCCGUCUAAGAUUGAAAAUCUCGUACACUAAAGACGGGGGUGCAUCAAUGACCGAACAAGUCGACUGGACGGAGCCGUGA